AAUAAUGUUGAUUUCAUUAUCCACUAUAUUGGUUCUUAUGGCAGUAGUAGCUGCUGAACAAGAAGUACGUAUGUCCAUUAAAAGAAAACCUCAACAAUAUGAUAUUUUGGAAACAGCAAGAUUACGUCAACGACAAAGAUUACAAAAACGUCAACAAGGUUCCGUUUUUACUGCUUCUCUUUAUAAUGAUCAAGGUUCUCAAUAUUUGAUCUCUGUAGGCAUUGGCACUCCGCCGCAGAAUUUCUCGGUUACGUUGGAUACUGGCAGUGCUGAUCUAUGGGUACCUUCCAGUAAUUGUGAUAAAUUAUCUUGUCCUUUUGGUGGAUUCAAUACAGCAAAGUCGUCGACUUUCAAAGCAACGAAAGAAAAGUUUAGUAUUCAAUACGGCAUUGGAUCGGUGAAUGGUACAUAUGUUCAAGAUAGUGUAGAAGUAUCUGGGGCCAAAGUAGCACAACAACAAUUUGGUUUAGCAACGCAUACCAAAGACAUUCUCAUACCUCAAGAUAGUGGUAAUGCAAGCAAUAUCAAUGCCAAUGGGAUUCUUGGUUUGGGGUAUCCUCAAUUGACGGCAGCAACAACACAAAACAAUCCUGCGUAUACUCCUUUUGUUUUCAACUUGGUGCAACAAGGCAUGAUCAGUCAACCAGUGUUUUCUAUUUAUCUGAAUUCUGCUUCUUUGCAAGGCUGGGCAGGUGAAAUCAUUUUUGGUGGUGUGGAUUCAUCCAAAUAUGAAGGUAACUUGGUGUAUCUUCCAGUGGCAAAACUACAAAAUCAACCACAUCCUUCUCCUCCUGAAGGCGAAGGCCCUUCUCCUGGUGGCAAUGGCGAUGAUGAUGAUGGUACUAAUCUGAUGAAGAAACUCAACAUUGAUCCUUUGCUUCACAAGAAGGAUGCAAACAACAGUUUAACAAACUACGAAGGAUAUUACUAUUGGAUGGUAUAUGGACAAGGCAUUGCUGUACGGAAUGGUGUACAAAAUCCAGAAUUCAAAUUACAAAAACCUGGUGCAUUUAUUUUGGAUACAGGAACCACUUUGACUUAUUUGCCCAACGAAGUAGCGAUCUCCAUUGCAACAGCCAUGGCGGGUUCCAACGGGUUCCAAUUGGAUCGACAAUCAGGUUUAUUGGUGGUAGAAUGUUCAACAGCCGAUUCACCUGCCAUGUUGGAAUUACAAAUGUCAAGUACACCUUCUCUCAAUACACCUCCCGUCACAUUUUCUGUCAAGGCUUCUGAAUUGGUCAUUCCUCUGGAUGGUGAUACUCCUGCAACGGCAAAGACUUGUCUGUUUGGUAUUGCUCCUGUGGGUGGUUCUGGUGGUGGAUUGGGUCCCAACAUGUUCUUGAUCGGUGAUUCUAUGCUUCGAAGUGCUUAUAUGGUCUUUGAUAUGGGUCAAAAUCGUGUUGGCAUUGCUGCGGCAAAAGGAAUGGGUGGUUCAGUCAAUGGAUCAAAUUCUACAACAUCUGGUGGUGGUGGUGGUGGUGGUGGCAGUGGUGGCGAUGGUGGUGUCAUCAACUCUGGUAGUUCUCUAUGGAAACUUUCUUAUGCCACUCUUUUUAUGGUAUUGAUUCCUUCUUUACUUCCCCUGUAUUAGAUUCACCCUUUUUAUAGUUUGUUAUAUUAGAACUUGUUUACUUCCAAUUUUUUUUUUAUCAUUGUUUCAUUUCUUACUUUGUUUUUUUUUUUUUUUAUUU